UUUGUUCCCAAGAUUGAAUCAAUUGUUUCUGUCUUGGAUCCUACGCUAGGGCUGCUGGGAAGAAGCGGAUUCAAACGGCUGGCGGGCCGUCAGUGGGAUGGAUCCUGAGUGUAUUAGGUUUAUUGUUAUUUGAAGGUGGAGUUUUGUAGAUAGGGUUUUUUUUUUUAGUACCACACUGGUUUUCAUUCUGAUGUUCAGCUUUAGUGGAUCCUUGAGUGACAUUUUAUUGUAGGCGCGUUAUAACUAUUAGAUGUCGUUGCUAUUCAAAGCUAAAAGUGAAGAUUUUAACUGUCUGCAUGGCCUCAUUGGUACUUUACUAUACAGGAGUCGGAUAUUUUCUUUUUGACCGUAGACUAUCACUGGCAACGGGAGACUGGGGCUUCAGGGCUGAGCUUAAGUGCAGGGCGGCUCCUGCUCCCCGGGCCCCCAGCAUUUCGUGAGGGGAGCAGCAGAUUUUCUAAAAGAAGCUGGGAAUGGACAUCUCAGAAAAUAAGUCAUUAUCUCCAGGAGCUACUGGCACAAGACGUGGAGUCCAGUUCACCAGUGGAUGUUCUCAAGUGUUUGGUGUAGCAUCUGCCAAAAGACAUGCUGCCUUUCACCAUACUCCAUCUCGAAGGAAGGUGCCAGGAUUUAGCCCUUUGCAGGAGAAUGUGGACCCUGAGAAGAUUGCUUUGCUGCUUCGGAAAAGGUGGACUCUCUACAGUCUGACCCCACUCUACAAGUUCUCUCAUGCUGCCCUGAAGGCAUAUAGCAGGCAGCUAUCUGCUUACAUUGCAGCUGAAAAGCAGAAGGGCUUGGCUAUAGCUGUGGGACUGGACCUUGGUGUUGCAGUAGUCUUCUCCCCUCUGCCGGGGCUUCGUGGUACAGUCCAGGAUCCUGAAGCAGUUCUCAUUCAGAUUACAUCCAAGUCUCCGUUUCCGACCUGGAGAAAUGAAGAGAAGUUGGUAUGGUCUGGCUGGCUUUGCUGUACUUCAGGAGACACAGAGUUCUUGGAAAACCUAAUGAAGGAUUUCACCUGUCUCCCUCUGUUUUUAACAAAUGGUACAGAAUCUCUGACUGCUUUAGUAGGGGCCUGGUUCCAGACUACAUUUGACUGCAGUUUUAGCCUUUUAACUGUCAGCUCUUUAAAUCUUGCCUGGAUGGCUGCCAUGUGGACAGGGUUUGAUCUAGAUUCUGGACAUACUGUCACAGAGCUCCAUUGGUCUGUGCCUUGCAGUCCGAGCCUGGAAAUUUCACUUUCUGUUCAUCCUGACGAUGCCAAGGCCCUCUGGCAAAGUAUCCAACAAAACAAAGAGGAGGUGACCGAAGAGGAGGUUACCUUGUUUAUUGAAAGCCUUCAAUCACAUUUUUACAAACACUUCAAGAUUCACCUUUCAGCAACAAAACUGAUACAAGUUUCCACAUCUGUUGCCUCCAUAGAUUGUGAAGGAAAACUUAAGCUUCUGCACAGAGAUUGCAUCAGCAAAGUGCUUUCAUUUCUCACAGAGCUAGCAAUCAAUAAAAUCCUAUGGUAACUGUCACUGCAGACAGCUUUAUAUGAACAGCGCAGUUUCUUUCUCUGCAGCUUGAAGUCGACCACCACUGUCAAGUUUUGCCUUUACAGCUGCAGGGGCCUCAUUGGAAAUGUUGCCUUUGGAUCAUUCAUAUAAGUGGCAUGUUGGUAAAUGUCAUCAUGGCCACUUGAAGUUUGCAUAUUUUAAGUCACUAGAAAGUGAACAGAUUUUGUAAAUAGUGGAAUAAAUUUUAUGAAACUUUCCAGCAACAGCCAUUGAAAUAUGGCUAACGUCUGAUGUUUAGUACAUGUAAAUAAGUAUUUUAUCUUGUAUACAAAAAAUCUGUAUGUUUAAAAAUGUUUUAUCUGUUUUAUACCAAAGCACAGACUUUUUAAACAUUCAUCUGCUUUACAUUUAUACUCACUCUGGUUUCACGUGAAAAGAUAAUGGAAUGCGUCAUUUCUCGCUGUCGUUUUUGUACCCAAUUAUGAUUCAUUAAAUUCCACUUGUGUUAAGAAAAGUAAAAUAGCCUUAGACUUCAGCUUGCUUGAGCCUGUGUUCAGUAAAACGCUUAAGGAUACUUGCUCAUGUAAAGAGAACUGACAUCUGGGAAAAAAAUCUUAUUUGAACUGGAACCUGCGUUCUUAAGAAAUAAGAUACCCUACCCCUUCCUAAUAUUGUCCCGGUCUUCUAAUCUAUUUCUGUUAGCUAAGCAUCUACGUGAUUGCUUUGUCCAGGCUUUGGCUUUGAAGAUAGGACACUGUAUCACAGGUAACCUGAGGUAAUGUAUACUGUAUUAUUGUCAAACCUAUAUUAUUUAGACAUUAGCCCCCCAUUACCGUCAUUUUAACCAGGCUUUUGCAUAGACCUCUCUCAAAAAAAUACUGUAGCAUCUCUAAGUAGAACGUUAGUUUGAAUAGAUGUUUAUAUAUAGCACAAUGUUUCAGGUAUUUAACCUACUGCAUUUAAUAGUUUUAUGAUUUUCAGUUUGGGCAAUCUGUAGUUGAACCUCACAGUGCAUUAGAUGGUAGGAUGUUUGCCAUCUAGUUGGUCCUGUAAACAAGCUUAUGCCUGUCUAAUACUGUUCUCUGAGCAGGUGUUGUGAACCUGAGCCCCAUUUUGACCAGAAAGGCAGAUGAUUCUAUUUUCACCCCACUCACACUAGUAGUCUUAACAAUUACGGGCUUGUCCUCCUGAAAAACAAGAUGGAUAACAGUACUGACCUAGUGUGGCAGCUAAUGCCAUUGUAUUAGAAUAUCUGUAGCUUUUGCCCAGGUAUACAUUUCUCUUCGCCAUUUGUAAAAGAUAAGGAUGCAUUGCAUUUCCUUGUAUUUCAGAAACCAUCUAAAACUCUUAGUAGAGCAGUUAAUGAAACCUUUCUGAAUAACUGAACAUUUGAGAGGGUUUUUUUUUUGGUCAAAUCUUGGGUUCGCAGGCAUCAUUACGGUAUAUUUGCCCUCCUAUUCCUUAAUUCCUAGUCUUUACUUGCAGGCCAGCAUCUUUAUUGCCUUGGCAAUAUCCCAUGUUGGCUUGGUGACUUUUGUUAUUGGCAUCAUGCAGGAAGUCCUUGCUUCUGCACUGGUAAUCUAGUUGGAUUUUCAUGUUUGCUACUUCUGUUUUUGUCUAGUGUUUUCUUCAGGCUAAAAACAAUGGGGAUUCCUGUCUGCUUUUUUCUCUUCUGACUAAUCGCCAGACUAGUACACUGUGGAAAAAGGUACAAUUCUUUUUUCUCUUGUGUACAGGUUUAGCUACCAGCUUUUUCUUUCUAAUGUUUACAUGUGCCUUUAAAUCUUCCAUUCCGUGGUUUGACUUUGGGCUUUUUCUUUCUAAUGUUUACCGGCACCUUUAAAUCUUUCAUUGUAUGGUUUGACUUUGUACUGCUUUACUCUCCAUAUAUGCAGCAGAGACUGCCGUGUUGUGUGGGCAAGUACAAAACAACUGGAUCACAGCUGUUGUCUGUCACUCUGACACAUGUCUCCAGAAUUUUGUUGUGGGUGCACUCCCUCUUUCAAGCAUUGCAACACCGGGCUGAGACACUUGUCCGUAGAAGUUUGCAGUUGCUGUAUGAACAUUCUUAGUGAAAAUGCCAUGGAUAUAAUUUUCCAGUAGCCUUUCCAAUUAGUUUUUUUUCUUCUUCCCAGUAGUCAUCCUAACAGCUGACCCAGUGCUUCAUGUCCCUGCUGCAUCCACUUGGUCACUCCAGUCAUCCCACGGACUAUAUAUUUGAUGGCAAGGCCAGCAUGAAUCCUAAGGGUGUCCUGUGGAUGAGUUACUGUCACCCUUGGGGUUUUGUACUUUAAUGCUACCUCAUUUCUCCCCAUGUGUGCUGCGGCCAGUCUCUGGGUGUGCAGAGGGCACACCACCUUACCCCACACUUCCCCAGAUACCCUGCCCCUUCAGCCCAGCACAUUGUAAAUGGCUUCCCAGCCUGCUUUAAUUGCAGUUUCUAAUUCAUCAGAUUUGCAUCCUAGAUGCUGCCAGUGGAUUUGUUAACAUUGCUUCCUUAAUUUGCCACUUAAGUUAUUAAAAUAUUCUUGCUACAUUUACCCAGCACAUGCUGAGGUUGGACUGUCAGGAUGCUUUUUUAAGCACACUGGACCAGAUACUUUCCUGAAGGUUGGACAUUUCUAAACUGGGAAAUGUAACAUUGAGUGCAAUAUACAAAUCUUUUUUUUCUUAACUGGCACCUUAGACUGGACUAAUAUUUUGCAUUUAAGACUGCUAUUUUGUGAUAUUUGUUCUAAAUGUUGCCUUGGAUACAUGGACUGGACUACAGUCGGAAUGCAUUUCUUUUCACACUGAGCAACAAAUGGCCUCUUUUAGGUUGUAUGGAUGGGCCUCUCUUGCAUCUUUUACUUCAGUUACAAAGACUUUAUUAUGACCUGCUAUAAGUAGCAUGUACUGUUUUUAUUUAAUUUUCAUAGAAUCUAAACAUUUUCCUCUGUCUUGCUUUGCUGCUUUUUCUGUGUACUGAUUUAGAGAAUGGAGGAAGUCCUGUAACAGGUGCAUUCCCUUUCUGCCCUGUAACAUACUUUGGGUCAACAAUAUAGUAUGAGAUUGUGAAGGUCAGGUAAACUUCAUUUCACACACCUCAUAGAAUGUUGCACCCAGAAUUGCAUUUAUCAGGUAACCCAUUACAAGUAACUGAACCAUGGGUGUUUAUCUGCUCUCAGUUUUUAUUAAAAGCAUUUUCUUCUCAUCACUUCCCCUUUUCAUUCGUUCUUGACACUGUUCUGGUUUAUCUCUCUUCUUUCAGGAUUUCAUGGAUUAAGACUUUCAGUUUCUGUGGGUAUGGUGCUGUCCCUGACAUUUGUUGCUUUAGAAGGGUACUUUGUGUUACAAUACUGCUAGCAGUCUUCUUCCUGGUUUAGAGUAGUAGUUCAGGACAUUAUCGAACAGCAGUACAGUGCAAAUUGGGUAACGACUCGGAAGUAACCACAUUUUUAUUAAUGAAUCAUGUCCAUUUUGAAAGGGGACCCAGGGGAGGAGGCCUUAGAAAGAAAAUUAGUACUGAGCAAGUAGAACAAAAGGUUAUUUUAUUUGUAAAUGACAUAAAAAUGCACUUAUUUGGUUUUCAUUUUAUAAAUUCUGUGCAAGGUGUAUUAAUCUCAUAUGUGAAAUUUCAGUGUUGAUUUUUAAUGCAGUCUUUGGCACAGACAAUUAAAGAAGUUGGCUAACUGCAUACAAAUAUUGUGUAAGAAGCCAGAGAGACUCCAGUUUCAGGAUGUAUAAACCCUAAUAAGAAAUGAAAGCAGCAAGAACAGUGUACAUUUGUAAACGGUGGCUGCCUUUUUACAUUUAUCCAAAGGUGUUGUCACCCUUAAUAAGGACAAGUUCAUCAUUCUGUUACAUAGAUGGUGUCUGCUUCAUUUGAAACACCUAGUAAUGUCUUCUUUCUAGAAGUUUCCAUUCCAUUUAUUAUUGCCUUUGUCCUAUGAUGAGCAGUAACAUCCCACAUCAGAUAAACUGGAAGAAUUACAGACAAAAAUCGUAAGGCAGAGGAUAAUUUGCUUGGUUGGUUCUCAGCUGAUGACUGUUGCAUUCCACUUAAAGGGAAAGCCUGAGGUAAAAGCACCUUAGACUGGAUCAGGCUACAAAUUCAUCUUUCCUUUCUACUUUGUCAGUGGUUCCAUUGUUUUAAAAAAAUAAAAUAAUGAAAAUAAAGUUUAGUAUCACUUUGUA